AUGUCCUCCCUCGAUGCGGGGAUGUAUCCCCACCUCAUAUCCCUCAUUGUCGACCUGGCGUCUCACGAGUCGCUCAUCUACCUCCGCGCGACUUGCCGCGCAUUCCGCAUCCACGCCGACAUGAACCUCAACGCGGGGAGGCUUAUCGUCACUCCGGUAGCCGCUGGGGAGCAGCGCGUCGUCGUUUCCUCGGAAUGCGGGAGGAUUCCAGCCUUUGCCGGCUGGGCUUUAUCCCCGCCACCGCCGAAUAUUGAUGAGUUGGCGACUCCUAGCCAUGACGAUGAGGAGCCAGCACACCAUGGACCGAAUGACGACGAUUCCGUUAAGUGCGUGACCGAGGAGAGUCGCAAGAGUGGUGCUGCCCCAGGCCCAAUCCCCAAGGAAAUGGACAUGCCUUACGGCCCCGUUCCCAAUCUGCGGUUUACGACUGCCAUCGACCUUUUGGGCGCCAUUGGAAGGGAGUAUACCCGCCGCCUGGUUACCAGCUACCCCAUCGGAGGGAAGGCGUACCUGCGCGUCGUCGAUCCCCACCAGCUCCCGCCCCGGAUACCAUGGAACAUCUGCAUAGGCGACAUGUCUCUCGUCAAGUUCAUCACACUCCCGGACAUGAUGAUAGCCGAUCGAAUGAUCCCCUCCAAGAGGGCCUUGGAGGUCCUCAACAUCGCAUACCACCCGCGAGACAAUUACACUGCCAGUUACCUACGCGAGUCCAAAGGUUCCGAUGCGCUGUCGUCGGUUUUUAUUUUCCACCACGCUUCCAAGCCAUGCUUGGGAGCGGCACCAGAAGACGAACUCGACUUUACCUCCCUCGUCAUGUACAGUGAGGACGACAUGCUCGAUAUCGUGUUCAGCGGGAUUGCCAGUAGUUUGGUGGAUGGCAUGAAGGUCACGGUUGUUGGAGUUGACGUGAUUGCUGAAUCGCGGUGGUUGAAGAACAUGGACGAGAACUUAGUUGGCGUGGACGACCGGCAUAACUUGCGGGUUCUCGUCUGGCUCCAGUGCUUCCAACCAGGCCGUUGGUCGUUGAUAGACCAUGGUCACUGGCCAAACUUGGAGUUCAAGACGAUGGACGAGUUCCUCGCGAGCGUGCCCGUGUCGCGUGACGCCGCACUGGAAACAACCCGGGAGGGUCGUCUGUGA